AACACGAACACAGAAAGGAAACCCUUCAUAGGAAGAUAUAAUAGUAAGCAAGGAGUAUAUUCCACUGGACAACUAAUGUUUAUAACUCAAAAAUGUCCAUAUAUCAACUGUUAUAUAACUUACAAUAAAACUUUCAUAGAUAGUGAAUAUUUUGAUGCGGUGGUUUUUGAGGCACGCGAAAUAUUCCACGUGAAAAUCGACAAUUUUAACCUAACAAGAUCACCAGAUCAGAAGUACAUUUUUAAAUCUCUCGAACCGUCUGAAUAUUUGCCAGUAUGUCACGGUAUAUACGACAGCUUCUUUAACUGGACAUGGACAUACAAGCUAAACUCUGAUAUAACCCAUACUUUUAUCAAUAUUUACAACGACAAAGACAAGCUAAUAGGUCCUGAUAGAAAUUUGAAUUGGAUAAGUAAAAUGAAUCGGACCGAACAAUUUACGAACGUAGUAAAAAGAAAAACCAAAGCAGUAGCAUGGUUUAUUGGGAAAUGUAAAGUCAAAUCCAAACAUAGAGAAUUUAUUGAUGAUCUAAUAAAAGAAUUAAAAGCCUACAACUAUACUAUAGAUACAUUUGGACCAUGUGGUAGAACACAAUGUGAAAAAGGUCAAAAUGAAUUAUGCCAUAAAACGAUUGAAAGUGAUUAUUACUUUCAACUCGUCUUGGAAGAAUCAACAUCGGAGGACUUUGUCACGGAGAGACUUGCAAAAGUGCUGUCUUAUUUAACGAUACCUAUAGUAUCGGGGGAAGUUGACUACGGCAGGUAA